AUGCGGUCAUGCGAGAGUCAUCGCCCUACUGAAGAGGAUGCCAAGAUUAAAUUCCUAGCAGAUGCUCAGCAUCAGCUCUCUGUGCAGUGCUGUCGCUCUCUGGCACUACUCACCGUCCGCACUGGUAGGCCGUUUCUCUCAGUGGCAAAGCGCGGUCGCUCCCCUCCAGGUUCAUCGGCGAAAGGCGAGAGUGCUGACGACACAACAGUGAGACGUGACGAAUUUGGCAUGCAUGAGGAGGCGUACCGCUCCGUUCGCAGCGCCAUUGCAGCCUCGUGUACGCUCGGACACCGUUCCUGCCACGCCCUGUGGGGCCCGCGUGGCUGUGGCGAGCAUCGCAUUCUGCGCCUGGUGGCACAGGACUGCAUUCAGCGCGAUCAAACGCUUGUCCUUUACCUCGACGGUGAUACAUUGAACGGUGAUGAAGACGCCCUUCGCUCUAUCGCCCAGCAGAUUUUGCAGUUUCUUAAGAGCCCUCAGUCGGCGAAGCUGCGCGCUGCUGACUGGUCCUUGCGAACUGGGACGUUUGAAUUCGGAAAACUCUUUGGCUUUCCUAAACUCUUGGAGCAGAAGGAUGAGGAGACAGAUGAUCGCGACAACGAUGAUGAUAACAAAGACAGUUCCACCACCUGGGUAUGCAAUAGACCCUCAGCUGGCCGGCGACGGCGAUCAGGAAGAGACUCUCAAGAGAACUUGAAAAAAGAAACUAAGAAGCGUCGUCGUUCACCUUCGCCUGAUGUAUUGGAACGAGACGAUGAGUGCAGUGACGAAGAAGAGGACUCGUUAUUGGUGACGGCAACCACCGCGUACGCUGCAGGUGGUGCCUCUAGCGCCUUGCCAGUUUUGCAGAGGACUCUCCUCUUGAUGAAAAGUUAUGGUGCAAAUCUUGUUAUUUGUAUUCGUCGAGUCGAGCGCUUUGGAGUUUGGUGUGACAAGCUUCUGUAUGUGCUGUCUGGUCUCAUGCACGAGAGUGAUGGGCGUGGAGGUGGUAUGUCGCUCGUUAUGACGUCGUUCACGCCGGACAUCCGACAACUGGAGAAGCGCUUGUCGAGUCGACUCACAUGCGAGACGCGGUGUAUCCCACUGCUUCCGUGGAGCACUAGCCGUGUAGCUCGGGCGUGUCUUGUGGAGGUGCAAGAACGGUUACAACGAUUCAUUGCCAAGCAGGCGACCGCUAAGGAGAAGAGAGCGAAAAAGUCAUUGAAUGGAAAUCCUUCUGAUGGUGAUAUUGACCAUGAGAGUAACCCUUUCAUAGGCUGGCGCUUUGACGUUUUGAACGCGAAAGGAGAACACCAGCAGCACCACCAGGAGGAGCUAUGGGACACCGCGAGUAAUCUUGGGCGUGGUAGGACGCAACUGUUUGAGCAGACUAUGCUGGAGAUGGCAACAAACAUUAUCGCCGAAUUGGAUGCCGCCACUAGAGUCGCGGAAGAGACGUCGGGUGGAAAUUAUGACAACGCCUUUGCACGCCACAUUGUAAGCGUAUCAGGGCAGCUGAGGAGCAUCGGCGCUACAGCAGGACGGGUGGUGGCAGCCGUCUCUGCUGCUAUUGGCAUGACAUGUUCUGGGCGUCUUCCCCUUCUCAAUGCUGCGAGUCGUAAAACCAUCUUGUCAUGGUUAACAUCCCGUUUGGCAACGAAUAACGAAAGCGUCGAUUUCCGUCCGGCUUUUUCCACUGCACCUAAAGCUGUGCAAACGCUGUGGCUAUCGACUCGUUCAGGUUGUUUACCCUUCAGUACCAUAGUGGGGAGGAAUGUGGAAGCGGUGACACUCUCCUCCUGCAGCCAUCAGAUUCUCUUUGAUGACCUCUUGUCUAAUUGCCGCCUUGCGGAGUUGGGCUACUGCUCCCGUGAGACCUUUAUAAUCCUUGCAUACGUUUACCUGCGGCACGAAGCAGGUGUGAUGCGAACUGUCACCGACCUGCUAGAGGAUGUGGCCUCAUCGAUGGGGACGCAGGCUGCUGCGGCGCUGGACCGUACCGCAUUUCGUGCCGCCAUCACUGCACUGCACCGCUGGCGCAUCCUCCGUAUCGCUGGGCGUGACGGUAGCAGCGGUGUUGUUUCCCUGCGCGGCAGCCCAGCGAGACUGCGGGAUUUUCUCCAAUCGGUCUUGCGCCGCGCUGACUACUGUGGGCAGGUGCUGGGGCUCGAGGCAAAAGAGAUAACGCGACUUCGCAGUCUUGUGUGA